AUGACGGCUCAGACUGCCCUUUGCUUUGCAGCCACGUCCCAGGCCCUGACUGCCUUUGCUCUCAGUUUCACAGCGCCCAGCAACCUUGUCCGUCCGGCAAUUGCCUUGGUCGUCUCUUGGCUCACCUGGAUAUUCAAUCAGGCUAUUGAUGAUGCCUUGCCGAGCCGUCUUCACAUUGCCUUGCUAUCAACUGGCAUGUGGAUUCAGUGUCUAAAAUCAUUCGACGAUUUGUGCCUCACCAAAUUGUCUUUUGGUGAUGAGGAAACUACCGCCAAGAAAUCAUCCCCCACGUCGUCGUCUACAGCAACACGGCUGGGCUUUGGUGUCAGCAACCUUUGGAAUAUGCGUGGCGUCGGCACAGUCAAACAGAUCUCCAAAAUCCCGUCUUGGUCAUCCUCUCCCGCCGCGCUAUCUCUCGUUCCGUCCCGCCGCCAAGAAUUGCUGAGACAUGUCAAAAAUGCCACCCUCAGCUACUUGAUUCUCGACGUAUUCGCGAACCAACCGCCACCAGACAUUGAGAACCUCAUGUCACCCCGGAAUGAGCUGCUUCUCACCCGAUUGGGAGAAAUUGACGCACAGGAAGCCUUAUUCCGUCUCUUUGCUGUUCUUGGCUUCUGGGCAAACACCUUUUGUGUUAUCCACCUUGUCAACAGCGUAUUCUCACUCGUGUACCUUAUCUUGGGCCUCUACCCUGUCCGAAUGUUACCCCCCGUCUGGGGUAGUCUGUCGGAUGCUUACACCAUCAGGCGCUUCUGGGGUGACUUUUGGCAUCAAACGCUGCGACGUCAUCUUACCAGCAUUAGCGACUUCCUCGUCCACGGCCUGCUUCAUAUGCCAAGGGGAACAGUCAUUGCCCGGUACUGCAAGCUUAUCAUCAGUUUCUUCAUUUCAGGAGCCCUGCAUUAUCCCGCUGACAGAGCUCUUGGCAUUUCUGUUCAGGAGUCGAAUGCUGUCACUUACUUCCUCGUAACCGCUUUGGCCAUAAUGUGCGAGGACGGCGUGCAACACAUUUCAAAGGGGUUAGGAGGUAACAAGAGAAAAUACUUCGGUUACGUCUGGGUUAUCGCUUACAUGUAUUGGAUGACUCCUUCGUGGGGGUAUCCUGCCGCGAGGGUUGUACGACCGCAAGAUCAACUUGUCUCGUACUCGGUGAUUGGAAACUUCAAAGCUGUAGAGUGA